AGUGAACACACAACUCUCCGGGGAUCGAUCCCGGGGUGUCUCGUCCCGGGGCUACAGAUCGGUGAGAUCGAGUGACACUCGUGUAACAGCGUGUUGGCUGUACAUAUACCAUGUGUCGAUAGCAUUUAUUGAUUUGGACAAGUUUUAUUGUAAGAAACUUGGAUUUAACUCAACACGUGAGACGUAUACAACUAGUAUUUAAAAGUUGUAUUAUUAGUUUAAUUCUGUAGAUCGAUACUUUACCGGGCCAGGUGUGAUUGUUACCUCGGCCUCAGGUUCAGACCCGUGCCGGUGUAGUCUGCUGUUAGCAUUUUGGUGAACAAAAUCAUCCUUUAAAUCAAUAUGUACACGCGCUAUCUCGCGCCAAACAUGUCGGUGAUGUAAAGUGGCCAAUAUGUAACGGUUGGAUAGAGGACGGAUCUGUGAGAGCGCUCCUCUUGUAUGUAAACACACCAGCGUUCCUCCUCCUCUUCUCACCACGUGGAUACGUCGGGACCGGCCCUGACCCCCCUAACACAUGUUCUCCUCGCGAGAGAACUUAGAAAUGUUUGUGUAUUGGAUGUACGCAUGCGCUGAGCGAUGAUGGCGACACACUGCAAUGUUACGGAAGAAAAACACUAGCAACUGUGUACUUAACUGUAAUUGAACAGUGGUGCUGGAUUUAAUGUCUAGUGACAUCUCCUCCCCAUGGACUAUGCACUAUGAUGUUGAGAUCUGGUGCUGGGUAUCUAUGGCUGAGCGCUUUUCUGUCGACGGUGAGCUUCUCGGAGCAGACAUUGACUAGAGGACUAGGCAGUGAGGACGAGGUAUCAUUGGUGGAGACGUUAUUUGAAAAAAGUAACUACAAUCCGCUGAUUCGGCCCGUGGAGAACGUAUCUCAGUCACUCAUCGUCAAGUUCAGCCUCGCUCUUAGUCAGAUAAUCACUGUGGAUGAGAAAAACCAGAUCAUGAAGACCAACGUCUGGCUACAGCUGUACUGGUACGACUAUCAGCUGAAGUGGAAUCCUGCAAUCUACGGAGACAUUACCAGUAUACGCAUCCAUCCGGAGAAAGCAUGGCGACCGGACAUCGUGCUGUUUAACAAUGCUGACGGGAACUACGAGGUGUCAUAUGAAUCUAAUGUGGUGUUAAACUACACUGGGAACCAUUACUGGAUUCCACCCGCCAUUUACAAGAGCUCGUGCACCAUCGAUGUCCAGUACUUCCCGUUUGACCAGCAGGAAUGCGAGAUGAAGUUCGGUUCCUGGACAUUUAAAGGCGAUCAGAUGAAGUUUUACUUUUAUAGAAAUAUGAGCACGCUAGACUUCACCGACUACCUCAAGAGUGGUGUGUGGGACGUCAUCGAUUGUCCCGGCAGGAUCGAAGCAGGGGACAACGACACCAAGUCUAUGGUCGUGUUUAAAUUCAUUUUACGGAGGAAAACAUUAUUCUACACAGUGAAUCUGAUUAUACCGUGUGUUCUCAUCUCGUUUGUGAGUGUAUGUGUGUUCGCGCUGCCAGCAGACGCGGGAGAAAAAAUCACCCUUUGUAUAUCAAUUUUACUGGCAUUAGUUGUGUUCCUUCUUCUGAUUUCCAAGAUUUUACCUCCCUCCUUGACCAUCCCCCUGAUUGCCAAAUAUCUGUUGUUUACCUUCAUCAUGAAUAUUUUCGCCAUUGUUUGUACAGUUGUUGUUAUAAAUAGAAAUUACAGGACUCCGCGAACACAUAGAAUGCCUUACUGGAUCAGGUACGUCUUUCUGAACAUUUUACCCAAAUUGCUUUUGAUGGAACGACCUGAUCAUGACAAACGGUGGAGGAAACCAGAGGAAGAAAAAAAAGAAACAAAAGCAAAAAUGGAAGGAAGUUCAACGGAAAUGCACAACACACUUCCGGUGAAUAAACCGUCCGGGGUACUGGAGUUGACAGAAAUUCAUCAUCCGAACUGCCGUCUUAACCCCAAACCGGCGACAGUGGACUACAAUGCCGACAGGGACGGCAGCCAAGUUCGAUACCGAAUGUCAGCGGAAGUGAUGAAAGCGACGGAAGCUUUAAGAUUCAUCACACAACAUUUGGAGGUCGAAGAUGAAUAUGCAACAAUUUUAGAUGACUGGCGAUACGUUGCCCGAGUGAUGGACCGGUUGUUGUUGUACAUAUUUCUGAUGGUGACUUUCGGGGGGACAGUGGGCAUCCUUCUACAGGCCCCACAUAUCCUCGAGUAUGUGGACCAGGACGAAAUCAUAGACCAGUUCAAGAAAAAGUGGGGCUGACGUCACUUCCGGUUAGAAAUGGCAAGAAUACCCACAGCCGUCUGAUUCGAUAGGCGACAACAAAUUUCCACUAGACAUGAGCAUACAUUGUCAGUAUGUGACGACGUCUGGUGCGGGGUCAGAGGUCAGACUCAGUACACACAAAAUUUGGAAAGUGUUGCUCGGAAACAACGCAUCACCCCGGUGAUAUGUACGUACCAUUAGGCACGUGCCGGGGACUUUAGUACGACCCCCAAAGUCGUGCAUUGUGUGCUUCAGAUAUCCAGCAUCCGUAGCCAAGUGUACAAUUACCAGCUGACAUCCUCCUGUACCGGUCGGUACGAUGUAACACCAGUAUUUCGUGGGAAUCAAAACGAGCGAGUGUAUGAUGAUAGUGAUAUUAUUUUGAGAGUUGUCGCGUCAUCAAGUGUGAUUUCUUUGUUAUACGACACGUGUAGGCGUUAUUUUUGUUGAGAUUUUGUAGACGAUAAUGUAGAUGUGUGAGAGAUAUAGAGUAACAGCAUUAACAAUGAGUAUCACAUCGUCAUCACCCCCAUAUCCUGAUGGUGCCCUGUACCAUGUUCGAGCACAAUAGAUAUUUAUUAUGCGUGUAGGAACAAUCAUUUUUUUCACGAGUUUAUCUUUAUUUACUGGUAAAAUAAAGCAAGAUGGCGUACACUAUUUAUGUAUUGGCUAAUUUUAUUGUGUAAUAUAGUUCUUUGGGUACGUUUAAACUAUUGUGUAUUUUGGGGAAAUCAAUUGUUGACAAAAAAUACUGUGUGUUUGUAUAUUAAAUAGAAAUCCAUCACUGAGAAUAAGAAACAUCGAAUCAAUUUCAAAGUAACAGGUGGAUUGCUGUAGUCUUAAACAUAUAUCUCAUAUCAGUGAUUUGCAGAGCAGUUUGUUGGCAGAAGACUACCGACAUGAAAUACCGGAAGAAUACUCUAAACUAAACUCUAUGCAAUGUUUACAGUCUGUCUGAUGACGUAUUUACCUGGUUAUGAUAAACAAAGCUAGUGCGGGCCUUGAUGCAGGAAUAUAGUAGUAUCUAGCAACGAUAUCUCUCGGCUUCGUUAUUGAUUGGAAUCAUAACUUUAUAGUACCAACUGACUCUUUGAGAUCCAAGCGACUUUAUGGAAACUGAUUAGUGAGUAAUCUCAUUUUUUCUAGUUAAGAUAUUUUUAAGUUACAUGUACUUCAUUCUGUAAAUUGACGUGAUGCUAGAGCUUAUUUUAACAUCAAUGAUAAUCACUCGAAAAUGAAUUAUUUCACCAGAGAUUAUUGUUCAAUAUUUGAAAAUUUCCAAUAUUACCAAAGGAUUACUUUGAAUUCUUUCACGUUGUAUACACAAACUCAAUUGAGAAGUAGUUUAUGAAGAGAUUACAAUCCAUUUUAAUUUUUUCAUUAUGGGGUAAUUCGUUUCAGAAAUUAAUCCUAGUCUUUAAUAGCAAAGUAAAACAACGGCAAAAUAUAGAAUUUUUUAUUCGAAUAAUAUUACACAACAAAAAAUACACUGAUAUAUGAUUUUCAUUAAUGUUCCUCAAUCGGGGACAUAUUUUUUUACGAAGUACAACAAAAUAAUUAUGUGCAGGUACACAUCAUUAAACUGCUGUAAUGUACCAGGUUAAGACGUUUAUCAAACGGAACACUUGAAUUUUGAUGUCGGGAUCUGACACAUUUGUUGGAAUCAGUACAGCGAUGACGCGAAAAGACAUUUCAAACUCCAUCUGUUAAAAUUAUUCAUAUAUUAGAUUUCUUGUGUGAAAAUUGUUACAAUCUGUUAUCAGCCGAUAUAUGAAUUAUUGUCUUCGGCCUCAAACUAGAAACAAGCAUUUGAACCGAUAGUAAUAAGUAGAUAUUUCACUGGUAGUUAGUAGAAUUUCACUGUUAGAAAUAUUUGUGAGGUGAUUUCUUGUCAUAGUUCUGAUUAUUUACUGUAACGUAUACUAUCUAUGUAUUGUCAAAACAUAUAAGAGAAUUACAAAUUUACAUAAAAAAAAAGAAUUUGGUAUCUAUGUAAGAAAAAAAAACAUUUGUAAAAUAUUAUUUUUAUCUUUAUCAGAAUCUUUUUUACAGUAUAAUUUGAAAUUAUUAUUAAAUAAUAUGAUUUAAUAAUUGAUUUUGGUCAAUAAUAUAUCGGUAAAAAAUAAUUCAAUGCUGGUAGACAUGGCAACUACGAAAACAAAAAUCCAUUGAGAUAAUAUAUACACAUUACUCAUGAUUUGUUACAAUACCUGUAAACAGUGUGUGUACAUAUAACAAUUGAUCCUCACCACCGUAUUGUGUGUCUCCACAAGUGUAGAUUUGGCAAUAAUCCUGACGUCAUGGUCAUAUAGCACCGACCAUGACGUAAUUUCCGGUAGACUGAGAAAAAAACAACAACUUCCGGUUGUCUGUGUUAUGACAGUCCAUUGUGUAUAAUUCAUAUCACUAUGUUCGUUAUAAUGUCACACAACACACUAAAAUAAAUAAUGUUUGUAUGAA